CGGGAAAGAAACGAGCUGGCACAAACCUUCCAAGUGGCAAUCCCGAGCGUGGUUAUUCCUGAGAUGAGGAAGAGCGGGGAAGCGGAGUAACCCGAUACUAGAAGAGGAUCGAGGCGGCGCGGCGAGUGGGAGGGAAGGAGCGCCCAAGGGAAAGGUUGCAGGAGGCGGCGAGGAACAGGCUCCCGGACACUUGGGCGCAACAGAAGGAGGCUUGGGCGCCUGCUAGGAGGAGGGCGCAAAGAGAGCCUCAUCUGGAGAGGGCACAGUAGAGCAGAGGGAGGCGGGCUGGGAUCCCACGAUAUGGCUGGAUCUUGACGCCGUCGCCUCUCGCUCGCUUCCUCCCCCACGUGGCCGCUCCAUCUUGCCCUGACUACGCAAAGCCGGCGCGGAGGGGGACGAAGAAAAGCGUCCUCCGAUGCGCUUGGGCGGCCUGUGCGCCGUCGCUGCAGUGGUCGUUGCCGCCGCCGCGGCGAAGGCGCUUUUGCGGGGGUGGAAGAAGCCCAUAGAGCAGCUGCCGAGACUGCGGGGAGUCCCGACGGAGUGGCUCAAGGCUUUCCUUUGCAAAGAGACUGGGUCUGUGGUUACAGCCUGUUCCCUCCCUUUCUUUGCACUCUUCUCUUCAGAUGGCUCUGGAAGAAGCUGCAAGCUGGGAAGAGCCACUUCUGAGCUCUUCUCUCUUCCUCCUUUGUCCAAGAAAGCAGAUCCAGGGGAGAUAAAUGGAAAGGAAAGAAGAUCAGCUUGCACACAUGACAAAAAUGUGGUGGUGGACUAACAGUGUCCUGUGGACGACACGGUGAUGGUGACCGCUGGAGGCGCUGCUGAAGCCACAAGAGCCAUGAAGAACCACAACUCUUCCGGGAAGAAGCCGGCAGCACCAGCCAGCCCUUCCCGAUGGCACCGGCCCAGGUUUCGGCGCAAGGCACCCUCCGAGGUGGCUGUGAAGGGGCAGCUCAGGAUGCGCUCAACCUCAGGGGCCUUUGUGAUGGUGGGCGUCUCAGUGGUGCUGGUGGGCAUGACCAUUGCCGUCAUUGGGUACUGGCCUCACCGUACCCGGUCUGGAGGAGGCAGCAGGCUGAGUAAUGCCAGCGCCACUGACGAGAUCAAGAAGGAAGCAAAGGCCUUUGCCCACCCUCGCCCCUUCCCCCACAACGAGAAGCUGAAGCUCAUUGGGCCAGUCAUCAUGGGCAUUGGCUUGUUCAUCUUCAUCUGUGCCAACACCAUGCUGUAUGAGAACAGGGAUAUGGAGACCCGCUUGCUGAUGCAGAGAGAGCUGUACUCCAUGAGCCUGAGACCUCCGCAGGACACCAGCCAAGCAGGCAGUUACUUUCAGAGGAGGCCUACCCCGUCUGCCCUUCAGGCGAACGCAGAAUGCGUGGAAGGCUGCUACAAGGUGGACCUCUCUUCCAGCGGCUUCCAGUCUUGCUCCAGCCCGGUUACCAAAUGGGCCAACACAAACGGCUCAAACAGGCUACAGGCCACCACCCAGUUCUUCCAUCACAAGAGUGUCUCGCCCUCCCUUUCCCUCCUGAGUAUUCACUCAGAUUCUGGCAACUCUGCGCCAGAUAACCGUGGUCUCUCCUUGGCACGUGGGGCCGAGUCAGUCAUCUCCUUGGCCGUCAAUGCCUUGUCGUUGCCUCUCAUUAAACUCAACAACUGUCUUCUCGAAAGCCAGGGCCUUUCUCGAGUGGCUGCCCGGACCUCGCAAGACAAUUGUGUUUGGUUGCCAGAGGAGCAGGACGAGGUCCUGAGGCUCUCGUGGAGUCUCCUGCCUGGGUGCAACAGCACAGCUCCCCAGAGAGAUGACCUCAAAGGCAACCACGUGGUUAUCAAUAUGGAUAGUGGGCCUCCCUCAGCCGACUCAGCUGAACAACUUCUGCAUCCUGAAUGCACAAAGAGAGAAUUCAGUUCAGACACUCAGAUCCCUAAUUCAGGUCACUCCAAGUCUCUGGAUCUUGGCCAGCCAGAGAUGGUGUUAGUGGCACCAGUCAAAGACAGGAAACACAGGAGCUGGCCUAGACUUGACCACAUUGGCCUAGUCAACUAUGCAAAACUGGAAAGCCGGGGUGAAUCUUCUGAUAGGCUUUUGGAGCCAACGAGAGAGCCUAUCAGGGACGAAAGCAGGCAGCCUUCCCAGGAGGUUGUCACGGAAACUGGUUGCAGAGUCUGACUCUGCAUCAGGGCCACGUAUGCUGUUGCAAUUUGCCAUGUCACAUUCAGUGAUGCCAAGAGUGGACGUAUUAUUGAAAUGAACCUUGCAACGGUGGCUGCAGAGCCUGAGCCCAAGAUUCAGCUGCCAAAGGAGAGACACCUUGGAUGCUGCUCAAAGGAUUGAUUUCCUUCUCAAGGGCCUGUUUGUUUCUUGCCUUAUAAGAUUCCCCUGUCAACCUUUUCCACUCUGUUUGCGUGUGAAAGUCUUUGCUUAGAAAUAGAAACAGACUUCAAAUUCCAAUGGGUCAAGGGGGCUGAUACUCUCCAUCACAUGCCCCCAUCAAAACUCCCUUAAAAACAUAUUUGGUAAGACCAUGGGGAAUAAUCGGAUGAUUGCUGAGGUUUAGUGCCUCCUAAAAUAGCACAGGUCUGCUUUUCAAAGUCGUGAGAUUAUACAUUUUAUACGUGCAUGCUCAUUUCAGAGCUUUUGGGGGCUAAAUGUCGGUCCUUGCCUGUGGUCUUUUUUUCCCCAGGUAGAAGAGCAAGAUUUUUUAAAAAACAAGAGAGUCUUAACAUUUUAUUGCCAAUCUCAUGAUUUGGGCUCUUAGAAAGCAAAACAUUUCUAAAUAAAAAUCAUGCAAGUUUAUUGAUGACUCAUGUUAACUAUUGAUGACUCACCUUAAUGCCAUAAACUUUUAGAGAAUCACUGGGUAUGUACAAGCCAAACAGGGUUAUUAAAAAAAUGUUGCCUCAC